AUGCUACGCACUAUUUUCCGCAGGAGUCCCCGCCUCGCCUUGCGCCAGCAUUUUUCCACGUCUCAACCACGUCACGAGAUCAAAGAUAUCGGUUCUUUGUCUCAGCGCUUAAUACCAAAAUACCAAGAAUCCUGUGAUGGAGAGUUAUUGUGUCUUCAGUGGCCAGCACCGCCACGAAAUAUCUUCCUUGUGCGCAAGGACUGUGCCCCGGCGGUUACCGAUUCUCUGAUUGAAUUCGUUAAUCAUGUUUCCUCUACAUACCCAUCUAUCUCGGUAAUUCUGGAGUCAAAGACCGCAGCUGAAGUACAUUCGUCGCUCUCUUUUCCCGUUUAUUCGGUUUCUCUUGGUGAGAAAACCACCGCACUUCACGAUAAAGUUGACCUCACGGUGACUCUGGGUGGUGAUGGCACAAUUCUACAUGCAGCGUCGCUCUUCGCGACCUGCUCAAACGUUCCUCCCGUUCUAUCAUUCAGUAUGGGUACACUGGGCUUCUUGAGUGAGUGGAAGUUUUCUGAAUUUAAGCGGGCUUUCCGAGAAGUCUACAUGUCUGGAGCUGGGGCAGGGGAUCGGACCCCUGUGUUGGAAGAUCCUCCGGGGGCGGCACUUACAGAACAGGAAAUUGAGAUGGGGCCGACCGGAUGGUCCUCCGUUCGGGGCAAAUCUAUGGGCUCUACGCGCGGGGCACGCAUUCUGAUGCGCAAUCGGUUGAAAGUAGGACUGUUUGCUGCCGACGGAACCGAAACGACGCCUAUCCGGACCAAGACCGACCAGGGCCAGGGGGUAUAUGUGAUGAAUGAGCUACUCAUCCACCGUGGCAAGGAACCACACUUGGCUGUGGUAGAUGUGUUUGUUGGUGGGCGGUUCCUGACCGAGGCUGUGGCAGAUGGAAUAAUAAUUUCAACGCCAACUGGAAGUACAGCCUACAGCCUGAGUAGCGGGGGUAGUAUUGUGCAUCCACUAGUCCCGUCCAUUCUUUUGACGCCGAUUUGCGCGCGUAGUCUCAGUUUCCGACCAUUGGUUCUCCCAUCCAGCACCCCCAUCACACUACGGCUAAGCGAAAAGAACCGUGGGCGCGAACUGGAAGUCAGUCUGGACGGAGUUCAUUUAGGCCAAGGGAUGGGAGUUGGUAUGGAGGUCCGAGUUUGGAAUGAGGAGAUGAGGCAUGGGAAGAAUGAGUGGCAAGGUGGUGUACCCAGUGUGAUGCGAAGAAGUAUGGGAUGUGAAGCCCAUGAGGGAUGGGUUGGUGGAUUGAAUGGAUUAUUGAAAUUCAAUCAUCCAUUUGGAGAGGGCCUCAGGAGGUCUCGGCGCAUUCGUUUACCAUCCCCUCUCUGCUACCCCCUGCGCGACCUCAACAUGUAUGCGCCAGAGCAGUUCAUGAAUCCGGGGCCAGCUCCCCGGCCCCCUACCGACCGACCCCCAAAGUUGACUUUGCCCACCAACAAUACAACCACCUCUUUUGGUCAGAUGAGCUUGGACUCUCCGAUCACACCAGGUCAAUCAUCCGCAAACCUUUCGCUUUUCCCCAACACCAGUAGCCCUUCGCUGGCUAUGUCUCGGAGUAACACCAGUCAAAAUGGAAUCUCGAUCAUCAAAGAAGGCACUGUCCGCUGCAAAGAGGACAAAUUCUUGGCGACCUGGAAUACUCGUUACUUGAUUUUGCGCGAAUAUAAACUCGAAUUUUUAAAGAGUGAUUCUGGCAAAGUAGUGAUUACCUUCCCUUUGUCCUCGGUCACCGCUGUCGCUCGCUCCGAGGAUUCCAAGAUGGCCUUUGAGGUCACUCGGUUGGCAAACCCGAAGGAUGCAAACACCAAAGCCGCACUUCUUGCCCGUGAUCUACCCACCAAAACCAUCACUUGCGAAGUCAAAUCUGAUGAUGAAAUCUAUGAGUGGAUCGACAAGAUUUACGAGCGCUGCCCUGGCAUGGGUGGUGUCAGCAACCCGACAAACUUCAGCCACCGUGUCCACGUCGGAUUUGACCCAAAUACGGGCGCCUUUGUAGGCUUGCCUCCAGAGUGGGAGAAGCUUUUGACAUCUUCAGCUAUCACAAAGGAAGACUACAAGAAGAACCCUCAGGCCGUCAUCGAGGUUCUUGAGUUUUACUCAGAUAUCAAGAUGCGCGAGCAGAACCCGCAAUACUACGCUGGAAUCAGCCCCCCGCCCAAUGGUCAACCCAAGGCAUACGGUAAUAGUGUUGGGAGCUCCAUUGCACCCCCGCGUCCUCCUCCGCCAGGGCCUAUGCAGCGCCUUGAUAGCACCCAGUCGAAACAAUCUGACGGCUCUAUGCGCUCUGCGUCAUCUUCAAUCGGACAGGCAGACCGUGCGACAGACCACCAGCAGCAAGUUGAACGGAUGAAAGAAAUGGCCGACCAAGAGCGUCGUCGCGUAGAGGAGGAACGUCGUGCCAAGGAGGAGCAAGAUGCUUACAAUGCAUCCAUCCCGAAGGGCCGUACUCCUAUGGCUCAACAGGAGCUUGGUGGAUAUGGCGGCGACGAGCCGUCACAGAAUAGCCGUUAUCAACCAAGCCGGCCGGCCCCUCAGGCUCCAGGAUCUACUGCUCGCCAGCAAGACCCUCGGCAGCUCACCGCACAACGUCCCGCACCGGCACCACCGUCGCAGAGUCCUUAUGGACAAAGCACCCCCCGAGCACCAGCUGCUCUCCGUACCGAUGACCGCCAGGGCUCUCCAAGUUCUCGCUAUCCUCCCAAUGACCCUCGGGCCCCAGGCUCAGCCAACCGCCCUCAGCAAAACGGUUCCAAAGGACAGGCUGGGCCCCCUCCGACACGCCUGCCGGCCCCCGUUCAAGCUGUGAAGCCGCUGAACAUUGCCAACAAGCAAAACGGGAAUAAGCAGACCGUUCCCGAUGGCGUCCGCCAAGCCGAGGCUGCUCUUACGAAGAAGACAAAUCAGCCACGCCAGAAGGAGGUGCGCAUGUCAGCCAUGUCAGAGAACGAGGUCAUGGAACGACUGAGGUCCGUCGUGUCCAAGGACAAUCCGAAUGAGUCUUACAGCAAGCAGCGUAAGAUUGGGCAGGGUGCAUCUGGAUCCGUGUAUGUGGCGCGGGUUAAGGAAAACCCACCUUCAGGUGUUGCCCACGAGCUUUUCCGGACAUAUGGCCCACGCUGCCAGGUGGCCAUCAAGCAGAUGGACUUACGCAGCCAACCCCGAAAGGAGUUGAUCGUCAACGAGAUUAUCGUCAUGAAGGACAGCCAGCACCCGAAUAUUGUGAACUUCCUCGACUCAUUCUUGCAGGAAUCAAGCAAUGAACUUUGGGUUGUCAUGGAGUUCAUGGAGGGCGGUGCGUUGACUGAUGUGAUUGACAAUAACCCAGUAAUUAGUGAAGGUCAGAUCGCAACAAUUUGUACUGAGACUUGCAAGGGCCUCGCCCAUCUGCACAACCAGAGCAUCAUCCACCGUGAUAUCAAGAGUGACAACGUCCUUCUCGACCGUGUUGGCCACGUCAAGAUUACUGAUUUCGGCUUCUGCGCCAAGCUGACCGAACACAAGAGUAAGCGUGCCACCAUGGUCGGCACCCCUUACUGGAUGGCACCCGAAGUUGUCAAGCAGAAGGAGUACGGCCCCAAGGUUGACUGUUGGUCGCUGGGUAUUAUGGCUAUCGAAAUGAUUGAGUCCGAGCCUCCCUACCUGAAUGAAGAGCCCCUGAAGGCGCUCUAUCUUAUUGCCACCAACGGAACCCCCCGUCUCAAGAAGCCCGAGAAACUCAGCAAGGAGCUCAAGUCUUUCCUGAGCGUUUGCCUAUGCGUCGAUGUCCACAGCCGCGCUUCCGCCGACGAGCUUCUCGCCCACGAAUUCCUGCAGACUGGAUGCAGUCUGGCUAGUCUGGCUGAGCUGCUCCUCUGGAAGAAAUCUACAAACUAG